CGAGGCUUUGGACGAGAAUCACAUCCCGGGUACCAACCUGCUAACUGCUGCAUCUCUGAAUGACAAGUGUUUAAAUGGAUUUAGUGUUAACCAGUGACGCUUUUUGCCACCGACUGCCAACAAUGAAUGCCCAGCAGUGUUUUUUUUUCAUGGUUUCCAUUGCAGUGCCAGCUACAAGGAUCUAGUAGUACAUGCUACGCUUCGCUGACUGUGUCGUUUACACGUUAACCGGAGGUAACCGUGGCUAGCUCGGAGCCGGAGCAGAGCGUUCACCCCAUUACCUCUUCGCUUAUAACUAGUUUUAUUAGCUAUAGCUAGAGUUUCAGUGUGUUUGUGUCCUCAUACAGUUCAAACUAAAUCCAUGCAUUGAUUGUCAUCACUUUAAUCAUCAGCAACGUUUAGCUUGUAGUAUAAACUGAUUGGUACUGAAACUGAAACGGAGCGCGGGUUGACUGUCCUGAUAUAUGUUUACCGAUAAGAGACAUAAACCCAGAUCGAAUCGAUAAACGGCCGCUUGAAAUGGCGUGAGUUAGCCGCUUAGCAUGUCAGCAUCAGAUGGCAGCGUUUAGAUGCCAGGGCAGGGCAGUGGUAGCCACAGAGGCCGGCCACAGAGGAAAGCAGCGGGCCGGGUUCACUCAGUCGUUGACACCAAAACAGUAUCUCUGAUGCAAAGGACAAUGGAAUCGGUGAGGAGCGCCUUCCACGCUCAACUGGCCACCGUCAUGGACUCGCUGCUGGCGGCCGCCGUGUGCGAGAUCGCCAAGAUCUUUGAGAGCAGCCUGUGUGAACAGCAGGCGGAGCUGGCGCAGAAAACGGAGGAGAUCUCCAUCCUCCGGGGCAAGCUGGAGAGAGCUGAGAGGAGGCAGAAGACCAAGGGUGGAGGCAGCGAGGAAGGAGAGGUGUCAUCGGGGGACAGGGAGGCCAACCUGAGGCAGCAGACGCUGACAGCAUCAGGUCUGAAUGUGGGAAAGGACGUGUCUUCUCAUCCAGACUCGCUGGAAGGACUCAACCAGAGCCACGGCAGACUGAAAGAGGAGGUCACGGUCCAGGACGGAGCGUCAGUAAAACACGAGCGUGCUGGGUCGUGUACUAACCUAGGAUCUGUCACAGUCCAAGUCCCGGAAGGAAGCCUCUCUGCUGGGGACCAGAGGCAGAUCGAUGGCCUGCCUGCUGUACAGGCCAAGACCAAAAUGUCUCAUUGGGAUCAGAGUAGUCGUGGUCCAGAUAACAGAACCCUCCAGGAUCAAACUUCUGCCCCUUUCCUCUCCAUCUCCCAGAGCGGACGUUGCUCCCCCAGGCCUGACACGAGCCUGGCUCCACCAGGGGAUUGGUUACCAGGGUCCUGUCUGGAGAACCUGCAAGCGGACGCCACCAGCUGCUCCGGUCCAGCUAGCAGCAGCGCCGGCCCGGAUGCACCCUGCUUCCGACCUGGUUUCGGUUCGGACGAGACGAGCAACGAGGACGACGAUAGCUCUUUCCCGUUCUUGGACCAGGAGCCCGAGAACCAGAACUCCAAUCAGAACUCGGUUCAGGGCCAGGGCGCGGGGCAGAGGGCGGCUCGGCAGGACCAGCCCCAAGCCCCCUCCGGUGAAUCGCCGUGGAGACCCAGAGACGACAGGGCGCACAGAGGCCCCUUGAAUCACACACGGCGAGUCGCAAAUUUUGGUAACAGGGACCCCCUCCGACCGCAGUCGAAUUCACAGUCGCUCACUUUACGACACGCGAACGCUCUCGGCCACCCUCCAGCUCCGGGCGGGGGGAGCGGACGACCGUACACCUGCCCCUACUGUACGAAGUGUUUCACCUACCCCUCCCACCAGCGCAGACACUUGCUACGCCACACGGGAGUCAGACUACACCCCUGUCAGUUUUGCGACAAGAGCUUCCUCACUCCCUCUGAGCUCACCGUGCACACCCGCACACACACCGGGGAGCGGCCUUUCGGCUGUGCUCAGUGCGGUAAACGUUUCGCACGCAGCGGGAACCUGAGAGCCCACCAACGGGACGUUCACAUGGGGAAGAGACCCUUCGCUUGCUCCGAGUGUGGAAAGAGAUUUGCGCACAGGGGGAACCUGAGAGUGCACAGUCACAGAGUCCAUCAGGGAGAUCCCUACUACAUGGAUGAUCAGCAAGAUCCUGACUUGGGCCCUAGUCCCAUUUAAAGAGUUUUUUUUUUUUAAUGUUGGUUUUGCACUUUUAAUUUUAAUUUCAGGAUUGUCAGUAGUUUCCUUCCCAAUCUUAUUACUGAAGGUUUGAAAUGUUUUUUGUUCUGUUGAUUCAAACCCAACAUAGAAUUAACCACCAAUCCAAAUUUAUUUUAUGAUUAAUCAUUUAAGUACAUGGUCGCUGUAAAUUUACUCGAGUGACUUAAUUUAACUUCAGUUUUGAUUCAUUGUCAGAAUUAGGCCACAGUAAAAUGGAGAGGCUUGUAUUUGGCUGUAUGGUAAAUGUUAGGUUAUAAUUAUUCAGUGAUGAGAAAUAUCGGCUGUUGUGAAGAAUUUAACGUCUCCUCCAGGCUGACCAUCUUCCAAUGAUUUUCUUCCUAGUGAAAUGGCACUGAGCACCUUUUUCCAUUUCAUGAAAUGUCUAAACAGCAAAAUCAUGUCUUUGCGAAGACAAUAAAGAGAAUCUAGUUGGUAUUAGAUUUAGACAUGUGGCAUGCAGAGGUAGGAUAGCGCAUCUCUUCCUUCAAAGUUGUGCUUUUGUACCAUAAACCUUUAAUUUGACCGUGUGAAAUGGAAAUAUGUUGUAGAACAUGUGUACAAGAACUAUGUUUUUUCCCAUCUUGUUUGGAAAAGUGAAAUUAAACAGUUUAGUCACAUAUAAACUGUUUUUUCUCCUCA